AUGUAAGAAUUGUAAGAAUUUCUCGAUAAAUAGAAAGAUUUGAAUUUCAAAAUGCUUGAAGAUAUGCUAUCAUCCUAAAGUCUUCAAAUCCAUAACCUUUCCAUGGGACUCAAAUCUUUUUAACAUUGUUUAGAGAACUUUAAAUAAAAAGAUAGAUCUAGAAACAAGAACCUAUACAAAUUGUAUAGUAAUGAUGAAGCAACCAUAUUUAUUCAUCUAGAAAAAGAAAUUUCAAACAUAUACUGUAAAUCUGAUUUCACUCUUUCUAUUUCCUUAAGAGAUUAUUCUGGCAAUUUGGCAAAAAAUGAAGAAUAUACAGUCUACAUUAAAUUGUACCCUAUUCCUUUAAUGAAGAUUUUCAGCUGAUAAAUUUCCUAAAGAAAUAACAGUCAAUUCCAAAGGAAAGCCUAUUUUGGUGGGAAAGACCAAAUUGUAAUUUAAAGGAAAAGGAGAAUUUAAAAAACUAUAGAUAACAGAAGUUUUAUAAUUAUUCCUAUAUUAGUAAUCAUCAAAUUUUCCUUAAGGCAAAUUUGCUUUAGUCUUAUAUUCUAACUCACCAGAUGUAUAAUCCUUAAUAAUUGAAAAUUUGGAAGUAUAAAAGAAAAAGUGAA